GAAAUCAAGAUGGCGGCGAAACAUCGUUCGCAGAUUUGGAGGAAAAAAUCUCAUUGUAAUCUCAUAUUUUAGCUUUUUAAAAACAAAAUAUUUUAAUCCAUUAUGUUCCAACGUCAGAAAAAUUGGUUAUCUGACGUGCUGUGGAAGCCUAAAAAGGCUCAUUCGCUGGAGCAGCUGAGGUAUUUGCAUUAUGUUCUGAACAAGAAUUCUGUCAUCAACGAGACGAAUCGAGGAUUACUGGUUGAAACCCUUCGUUCUAUCGCUGAAAUCCUGAUUUGGGGGGAUCAGAAUGACAGCAGAGUAUUCGACUUCUUUCUUGAGAAAAACAUGCUGAUCUACUUCCACAAGAUGAUGAACCAAAAAUCUAGCAACCAGAUUUGCGUUCAACUUUUGCAGACAUUGAGUAUUAUGUUUGAGAACAUCCGUAACCAAACAUCUCUGUAUUACCUUCUAUCAAAUAACCAUGUUAAUUCAAUCAUUAUUCACAAGUUUGACUUCUCUGAUGAAGAGGUCCUGGCAUACUACAUUUCAUUUCUUAAAACGCUUUCUCUCAAACUGAAUACACAGACUAUUCACUUUUUCUUCAAUGAGCGCAAGAAUGACUUUCCUUUAUAUACAGAAGCAUUAAAAUUCUUUAAUCACUCAGAGAGUAUGGUUAGAAUAGCCGUCAGGACCCUCACUCUCAAUGUCUACAGAGUUGGAGAUCAAAAUAUGCUGCAUUUUAUAAGAGACAAGACAGCAGAUCCUUACUUCUGGAAUCUCGUCUGGUUUAUUGGUAGUCAUGCCAUAGAUCUUGACAAUUGUGCUAAGAAGGAAGCAGACCAUCUUCGAUGUGAUCAUCUCAAACAUCUAGUAGCUGAUCAUUUGGAUCAUCUCCACUAUAUUAAUGAUAUCUUAUGUCUGGAUAUCCAUGAUCUUAGCACUAUUCUUACUGAACACCUACUGGAUAGAUUACUCAUACCUUUGUAUGUCUAUUCCCUUGUCAAGGAAAAACCUGAUAUAGAUCUGGUCAAACCAAGAAUCAAUGCACUACUCUCUCUAUACCUCUUAUCCCAG